AUGGACGCCACAACGACCCAGAAUCCAUCAUCCCUCUCCGAUGCACUGCCCUUCGAUGACCUUCAUAACGACAAGAUCGAUACAAGCUCUGAAUCUUUCAAGUUCAGCCAAGGUCUUGCGGGCGUCAAUCAGACCACGAACUACAUGUUCGUCAGAAUCCUCAUUAUAACUGCCCUGUUCCCGAUCCUGAUCGCUCUAUCCUUUCGUGUUUUUGUUGCGGCGCGAAACGAUCGCCGACGAAUCUCAGCGAUCGCUUCAUGUAAAGGUCAAGAACUUUGGGCAAAGGAUCGUUAUGUGUACUGGGGAGCACUCAAGCGGCACUUGUUUUAUGCGCCAGUCGGGCCUACGAAACGUCGGCAACAAGCGAAAGGCUCUACAGGUGGUACAACAUCAGCCUCUUUACCCACUCGCGUCCAUUUUUUGGUAAUUGUCGUCUAUAUCCUCAGUAACAUAGCGUAUUGCUUGGUCGUCUCCGUACGUCCACGUCCCCAGAUGGUGGCCGAGUUUCGCGGCCGGUGUGGAACUCUUGCGACAUUCAACCUUUUAUUGGCCGUUCUCCUUGCUCUUCGGAACAACCCUUUAAUAAACCUCCUUCAAGUCAGCUACGAUACUUUCAACCUUUUCCAUCGAUGGACGGCGCGACUUGUUGUAGUAGAGGCUACUGCUCAUGCCGCCGCUUUCCUGUACAACACAUAUCGGGCGACUCACAAUGGGAACAGUGGCUGGCAUAGCGUGAGCUGGCUUCUAAAACGAUCGCUGUCGUAUCAGUGCGGUCUUGCAGCUUUUUUUGCCUUCUUGUUUCUCAUUAUACGUUCCAUCGGCCCUAUCAGACGCUCUUUUUACGAGACAUUCCUCUCUUUACACCGCAUCGGCCUCGCAGUCGCGGUAUUCGGUGUUUACUUCCAUUUGGCAAAGCAUGCUCUGCCACAACUGCCCUGGGUCUACUUAGUCAUCAUUUUCCUAUCACUAGAGCCCUCGAUUCGCAUCCUUCGCAUACUACGUUACAAUUUUUCAUGGAAAGAGAAGAAGUGGACCCUUGUGGGCCUAGAAAGAUUACCGGGUGAGGCAACGCGUGUCACCUUUACACUUCCCCACUCGUGGAACGCCAACCCUGGAUCACACGUUCAGAUCUACAUGCCGAGAAUAGCACUAAUGGAGUCACACCCGUUCUCAGUGGCUUGGUCCCAAUCACCCGGAGACGCGAAUGCUUUGGCGGAAAAGGCACCCUUCAGCAUCGAUGACCUUGACUCAGAAGGCGGGCCUAGCACCGUUUCGUGUAUUAUUCGCUCACGCCAAGGAAUGACGAGUUCUCUUUACAAGCUGGCGGUAAAACACCAAGACGCUCGGGUGCACCUGUGGGGAGCGAUCGAGGGGCCAUAUGGUGGCUAUCAUUCGCUCGACUCGUAUGGCACUGUUGUCCUCUUUGCUGGCGGAGUAGGAAUCACACACCAGCUGUCUUUCGUCCGACAUUUACUGAACGCGCACAACAGCAACAUUGCCGCUACACAGAAGAUUUCCCUGGUCUGGUGCAUAACCAACCUCGAUGCGUUGGAAUGGGUGCGGUCAUGGCUCGAUGAGAUCGCCGCUACACAGCACUUUCGCGAAGUUGUGAGCAUACGGCUCUACGUUUCCAGGAUGGUCUCCUUCGAGCUUGGAGGUCGGUCUAUACCGGCGUACCUCGAUGUGAGACUGCACCGGUGUGAGGUACAGAGUGUACUGGAUGGAGAGGUACUUGCACAGAUUGGUGCUAUGGCGGUUUCCGUGUGUGGGCCAAGAGGCUUCAGUGACAGCGUUAGGGCAGCUGUCAGACGCAGGGUGAGCGUACGGAGCAUUGACCUUUUUGAGGAGGCGCUCUCGUACUGA